CAUUGUCAGUCUUUGUCUUUUUUGUGGCUAGCUUCAAAAUGGCGGAUUUGGAGGACUCCGUGGUCGUUGUGGUGGAGGUUGAGGCUUGUUUCGAAGACAACGGUGACGGUGAGGUAGUUAUGUUGGCGGCGAUGGAGUUUAUGAUCCGCUCGAUGAUCGAAACUGCUUUCUCCGUUGUGCCAUCUUUUACCUUCGGGAGAGGUAUUGUUUCACAAUUGUGCGUGAAAAAGCCAAAGAUUGAAUGCAUAAUACCAAGACCUCAAUUUUACUGAGAGCAGGACCUGAGUGCUGGAUCACUGAUAUGAAACAAUUCCGAAGAGCUUACUAUUGAAAGUUUUGGAUGGAUACAAGGAGUUGAAGAACAGAAAGAUUGAUAUUUUAGUACAUUCUGGACGAUGGCCUCUUCAAAGAAAGAAGCAGUAGCAAACCUUUUGUCGCCACUUGAACGAUUUUAAAAUUAUUCGCAUUAUCGAUAUAGUGUGUAUAUAAACGCAAG